AUGGUCCCGCAGCAAGAAUCCAAGACAGCCCAGGGCUACGAACUUCAGCUGAGAGUCAACUCUCUUGGAGGUUUCCUGUUUGCUCAGUUCCUUCGCCCUGUUCUGGCUACCACUGCCAGAACUGGACCAAAGAACUCUGUUCGAGUAGUAUGCGUAUCUUCCAGUGCAGCCGUCAUGGCACCUAAAUCCCCAAUCAACUUCAAUAAUAUGAACUACGAGAGGGAUGGUAGUGCAAUGACAAAGUAUAUGAGAAGCAGGGUAGACAGUGUUAUACACGCAGCUGAAUUUGCGAGACAAACAGGCUGUGACGGGAUUAUCAGUAUGAAUCCCAUUACCCAUGAGCCAAAGAAUGGUACGUACAAUCAAAUCUUUGCAGGUCUCAGUUCAGAGAUUACGGAGAAGAAUGAUGGAGGUUGGGUUGCCCCGUUCGGUCGUCUUCCCCGGCCGGGAGGAUCUUUUAGAGGAGGAACUCUAGGGAAAGGACUGGAAGUGGUCAGAAGAGCAAGUCAAGUCUUGCUUAACAUGACAGGUCACAAGCGAAGUAUCCGACAAACUUGGUAA